CGAACGCGCAUUAUCUGCCAUGCUGCCCUUCUGGAUCAACGCAGCCCUCGACGAACUAGGUGCUCUAAUCAAAGAGACACAUGGUUUAGUUGACGGUUCACCCGAUUGGCAUGCAAAUCCGCGAGUAGCAGCAAACGUUCGCCAGAUCGUCCGAAUCCUCCGCGAUCGCAAUCCCCUUGGUCACAUCUUCAAAGAGCAGCCGCCGCCUCCUGACGACUACGUGGCUUUCGUCAAGCGGUAUGGGGGCGAUUAUAGUCCGAUCCGCACCAUCUACAACGGCAUGUUCUGCGCAUCCUUCCUUUUCAGACUUGCUCAAAAGCUCGAUCGCCCGGAAUUAUGCCCCUUCGAUGCGACGCUCCUCCAACGUAUCUUUCUCUGGAUCGAUAGCCUUCUUCCUGUGAAUCAUGAGCCUCAGCUUCGAGCACUUUCUUCGAGUACCCAAUCCUGGCUUCUCGUCAAAUUCACUAUGACAGCCCUCACAUACAUCCAGACAUUCACCCACAUCAUCAGUGCAAAUCUAGUCCACCAAGUCCUUCGGGCUGAAGAUGAGCAAGUCACGUCGAUGCUCGUCAACAUGUGGCUCAACUGGUCGCGCGUACACAACGUCGCCCGUGCAAUGCAGAACAUGGAAGAGCGCGCAGUCAUCCAGCGCUACCUUAUUCUUCUCCCUGGUCACUACGUCUCGCCGUACAGCGACGGCGCCAUUCGCAACAAAGUUGUCCAGGAGAUCUUGCGCACGGUUCGCGACCGCCCCCGCCGCUUCUUUCGCCUUUACGGAAUGCACCUGCGCCUGAUGCUGACGUACUCUGACAUGCGGGACUCCCAUGUACCGAUGGAGUAUGUGGUGCAGGCCCUGCUCGCCUUCAUGCGGGUCCCUGAGCUCGGCGGACAGUGCAGAAUGCCAAAGACUCUGAUCGUUGAGCUUAUCGCCUGCAUUCGGUGCUACGUUCGGUCUCACGCUACGCCAUCUAUUUGGCCGCACGCGGUAUAUUGCUUAUUGGAAUGCUGCCUGGACAGUCGUCGUUCGCUGGAACAGGCGGUCGAAGCUGGUCUGUUCCACUGUCUCGUCCAAGCCCGCCCCGCGGCAGAUUGUCGUACGAGACCCCAAGUCAGUCGGCUGCUGCAUGUGAUCGCUCAGGCUGCGCGCUCUCCUCGCGUUAUUCUUGCCUUUCGUAGUGCGCUCACUGAAGAUGAGGAUAAGGACACGUUGCCGCGAUAUACAGACGCGGAGACGCGCAUCUUGUGCGCCUUCGAGUUCGAAUAUGAUGUGUUGCAGGAGUUGAAGGCCAUACGAGAGCUCACCGCGACGUGCUGCAACGCAGAGUGUCCGCACGACGGGGGAAAUCACAAGGCGUUGCGCGCGUGCAUCUGCGGCGAGGCUUUAUAUUGCUCGAAAGCUUGCCAGCGCGCCCAUUGGACCAUAGGACAGCAUAAAUACAACUGCCCUACGCGUCUCGACCCAGAACAACACGGUUCACUUCGCGUGAAGAACGUGUAUCGUCUAGUCGCCGAGGCACGCGCCAAUCUACUGACCCCGUACGCCCAAAUUUCGUGCCGCUCGGACCCAUCGUCGUCACACGUCUCGUCGCACAUCAUCUUGGACUUGCGCAGGCGCGCUCCAGGGGAGCCGGAAAUGAAGGUAUUUCAGUUGAAUGAGGAGCUUCUGGAAUAUCCUCCGGCGACGCUCGUCGACGUUGGCUUCGACGAUAACGGCAACGACCGGGUGCGACGCAUCAAGUUCGUGCGCGAAGAGUACGCGGGACAUGUGAGGGUGCCAUUUCGACUGAUCACGGAGGGAUUCGCCGAUACGGGGGUCAUGGGCGGACAAAGCAACGAGCUACCUACGCGGCUGCCGUUCCUGAGCAAGAGGGAGCGUCUUUUCGGACGCGAUGCAGAUAAAUCUUGCGAUUUCAAUUAAAAUGCGGCGGGCGUCCGAUGUGAAGCGGUUUGGAAUAAGUUUGAGGUUGAGAUGGUUCGCUUAUGAUGAGGGUUGUCUAUCUAUCACUGCGCGUCCUCGAAGUACAUUACUGCGUUGGACCUAACGGAAAUGCAUCGAGUUGGAAUUCAUCGUUUCUCCUAGCGCCAUCCGGCAGUCCUCCCGCCGCAAUGAUCCUUCUCUGCCUAGAAAUCCAGAAUCUCAUCCGUAAGCACCCUAAACGACAACCUCAUA